AAUAACAUUGGAAUGAUAUGAUUUACAACCGUACUUUAUAACAGUUAAAGGAUUGAUUUUUCUUUAUCUAUGAGUGACGCUGCCGCCGGAUAAGUCCAUCUUGCGAAAGACCAGGAAAGAGAAUUUGAUCCAAUAGUAAGUCUAUCCGAUUCAACUUUAUUUACCAGAGGCUGUUCAAGAACAAAUUUGAAUCUGGACGAUGGCAGAAAGCAGCACAACUACACAGUGUAGUAAUUUUCCCAGUGGAACGGGAAAACAUUUCUUACAGGCUCCAGAGAAAGUCGGCAAGGCUGUUCACCCACAGGAAUCUCGCAAUGGACGAUCAGAUAACCAGACAGCUGCUUCGUUAGUGUCGACAAAACCACCCAGACGAAAAAAGUCUCUAAUGGAGAGCCUUAGGAAAAGUUUCAGCGAAUUUCGUUAUGGGCCUAAAUCUGAAGGUUCAGAGAACGUUAAAAAAAGUCAGCAAGAACGAUAUGAAAACAAAGAGUCAGAAGUUAGAGAAGCUGAAAUUGAAGGAACACGUGUUUUGGGUCGGUCGAGCGAAGGGAACAAAGUUGAUUCGUGUUCAAGUCUACCGGAUGCCGUGAAGAAAUUUUUGAGCUCCCACGCUACUUCACUUGGUAUAAAGAGAGGCCAAGAUUAUAUUUUAGAUGUAAACAGGUUCGGAAAUGAAGUAGAUAAGAUUGGUCUUAGUUUAUUUGACAUCGUUAGACAUUCCAAACUACAAGCUGUAACACUUCAGCGUAAAUUAGAGGAAGACUGGGGCUUAGAGCUGGGUCGAAGAGACAGUGGGGACCUCUUUAGAAGCCCUUCUAUGAACAGGCAACAUGAGAAAAAUAAUCAGGAAAACACAGGGCUGGAUAACAAUUUAAAUAACUGUCCCGACACUGGAGGGAUUCUGGGGUUGAAAUGUUCUAUUACAGUGCCUGAAACGCCCGGAAAUGGUACGCCCGGAAAUGGUACGCCUAGAAAUGGUACGCCCGGAAAUGGUACGCCCGGAAAUGGUACGCCCAGAAAUGGUUCUUCCUCUGAGACGCCAAAUCCAAGCUUGAAAAGUCCUCAACCUCGGCAUGGAGUGUACAUUAUCGGAUUAGCUGAAGGAGGAGUGGCAAACAGAUGUGGUGAACUGGCUGUUGAAGAUUUGAUCAUUGAGGUCAAUAGUAUCAUGACUCUAAAUUGUUCGGCUGAAACUGUCACUGCUGCUAUGGAACAGAUCACCACUGUGAAUCUAGUGGUUGCAAGGAAGAGGGACGCUUAAGAUAUCAACGCAUGUAAAGAUCCAGAAACCACUGACCCUUACGUUACAGUUAAUGAAUUGAAUGGCCAAACAUUUUUUAAGCCUAAAAGGGAACUUGGGUUAACUUAGACCGCGACAGCAACGAGAAUGGUGGAAAAAAUGUGUUCACAAGAAGAACAAUAGCUAUGCACGUGCAUUUUAUAACUUUGUAUAAUUUUCAUCUUCCUUAUAGCUGACAAAACCUACUCAACAAAGUGAUAUCUGGCCAAAUUUUGGGUAGUUUGACAGCGGGAACCCCAACGGCAAAUAUUCAUGUUUAUAUUUGCAGUUAAACGCUAUCUUUCCACUUAACGAUGAAAUUAAGACUGGGAUAUAUAUAUGGGCCAUCUGCGAACUCUGAAGGUUCGGUUCAGUUUUUUAUCAAAAUUUUCCUCUGCGCGUUAGUUACCACUUAAAGAAGUAUGCUCCAGAAACCACACAAUUUCUUUUAACAUCUCUAUUUAAAAAUUUACUUUGAAAUCAACAAGUAAGUUAGCUUUUCAAAUGUUAUCUCCAAAUGUACUUAACGUUAGCAGAAUAAAUUUCAGUUGAAAACAUUUCAAUAACUUUGCAGGACACCUUGCAACACCCACUCGAUGUCCAGGAAUUGGUUUACAAUAAGCUGGCACGCUGGUUAUCAAGAACAUCUUUUUGUGUAGCUCCUUUAAAUAUUCAAAUGAAUCAGAGGAGAGAAAGUUAUGCGGUAUCACAGAUAAAAGGUCAGGUUUCUGAGUAAGACUGAAAAUGUCGCUCGUUAAGAUCGAAUAUAUUAGCAAUUUUGAAAACAAAUCUUCGUAAGGUUUUCUUGAAAUUUGUCGAAUGUGUAAAGAAAUUUUAAGACUAGUCAGCUUGGAUUUUUUCUUCGAAAUAACAAUAACAAAUAUGCAACUACACCUCAGAAUGUUUCUACUGCAUGUCCUUAACUGAAUUAAGCCCAAUGUAUUAUACCAAAGAACCACAGGGGAGGUUUUGUACUUAUCAACAACUGAAUAACCUACAGGAAUUUCAAUGUUUUUUGGUAAAAAACAUUGAAAUGAUUUAUUAAAACAAGCUGAACAGUCAAAACGCACUCGGCGUCUGAAUAUUGAGUUUACAGUCAGUCACACACUUCUUCUACAGCAUUUCAGUACUGUUUCGUCAACACAAUGAAUCAUUAACUUGAUUUCCUGAUUGACUUUGAUUGACACUAAGUUAUGCAAUUAAGCCACGUGAAUAAGUCUGCUUUCAGUUCAGAUGUUUUAGAUUCGAAGUUACGUUCAUGUCAGUUUUGCUGACCUGUCGCGCUGACCCGUAUUCUGUUCUACCCUGAUCUGUUUAAUCUGUUGCUGACCUGUAUACCAUGAAACAAUCCUACUAGACAUCGUCAAAGAAGUAAGUUAUCAGUGCUGUAGUUCUAAAUUAAUGAUUUAAUAUUUAAUUUCUGUUUCUUGUAUAUCUAUUGAAUCU